AGCCCUUGGCUUGGCACUGCUGACGCGCUGCCGGGGACCGGGCUCAGCUCGGAGAGAACGCGGGCUGCCACAGACACCGGCAGGGCUGAGGCUCCAGCAGCCAGCGCUGCUCCUGCGGCAGCCUCCUCCCUCCGGCCCUCCGUCCGGCCCUCCUCCGCCUCCGCCUCCGCCGGCACUGCCCGGCUCUCUCCUUUACUGCCCGGCACUGCCCGGCUCUCUCCCUUGCACCCCGGCACUGCCCGGCUCUCUCCCUUGCACCCCGGCACUGCCCGGCUCUCUCCUUUCACCCCGGCACUCGGCCAGGCGGAGGGAAGGGAAGGGAUGGCGAGGGUCGCUGCCCGGCUGCUCGGGGCGCUGUGCUUCGCCGCCUGCCUGUCCCCGGCUCCYGGGAGGGACGCCGGAGCACCCUGGACCCUGGAGAAGUAUUCUCACCAACCAAGAAUUUUAGGUUCUGAUGCUAUUCAAAAAGUUGUGGCCAACACAGAUAUUUCUGAAAUGUGGGAGAACGAUUUGCGCCCUAUCCUGAUAGAAAGAUACCCAGGAUCUUCAGGAAGCUACAUUGUGCAGCAGCAUAUCAAACACCGCCUUCAAACGUUAAAGGCUGGUUGGGAAAUUGAACAAGAUACAUUUCAGAGAUACACACCAUACGGAUAUAAAACAUUUUCAAAUAUUAUCAGCACUCUUGACCCCUCUGCAAAACGCCAUCUCGUACUUGCUUGCCACUACGACUCAAAAUUCUUUGGACARCAAUGGCACGACAGAGUGUUUGUAGGAGCAACUGAUUCAGCUGUGCCUUGUGCAAUGAUACUGGAGCUGGCACGUGCCCUGGAUAACAAACUUCAGUUAAUCAAGACCAGCUCAGCAUCAAGACCAGACCUUUCACUUCAGCUCAUUUUUUUUGAUGGUGAAGAAGCCUUUGUCCGGUGGUCCCCUUCCGAUUCCCUCUAUGGAUCUCAGCACUUAGCUCAAAAAAUGGUGUCUACUCCACAYCCACCUGGUUCAAAAACCACAAACCAGCUGCAGGGCAUAGACCUGUUUGUACURCUGGAUUUAAUUGGUGCACCAAACCCAGUCUUUCCCAAUUAUUUUCCAAACACUAUUCGAUGGUUUCGGAGGCUUCAAGCAAUUGAGCAAGAGCUACACAACAUGAAUCUGCUGAAGAAUCACCCUGCUGAAAAUCAGUAUUUCCGGAGUAUUGUACAUCGAGGCUUGGUUGAAGAUGAUCACAUUCCAUUUUUAUUAAGAGGGGUUCCAGUCCUGCAUCUGAUUCCAUCCCCUUUUCCUAGAGUAUGGCAUACCAUGGAGGACACAGAAGAAAACCUUGACAAAGCCACUAUCGACAAUCUCAACAAAAUCUUGCAAGUGUUUGUACUGGAAUAUCUCAACCUGUGACAGACAAAACAUCAACAAAUUGUACUCCAUGCACAGUACUGUUUGCCUWCCUUCACAUUUGCAGUUUAACUGGAUUGGAGAGUAUCGAGGUUAAGAAAAAUAUGAUAGCUCUUGCUAGACUGAUUAUUGAUCCAGCUGUUCGUGGCCCAAUGGCCCAUGUAGCCAAAUAAAAUACCAUUAAAUAAGAACUAGUUCAGUCUGGAAAAACUGAUCUUUCCACAUCUUAUCUCUGAAUAAAAAAUAGUCCCAGAAUUUUUCCAGAUUAUUAUCAUUGUCUUUUGUCACAUACUAUGAUCCUAGGAGGGAAUGCCUCAUGACUUAAUUGUAUGAUACAGUUUUUACAAGGUGUGAGUAACUUUUGCAGUGUUCAGCGGUGGAAGUUUAUGCCAUGUUAUCAAAUGGCAAAAAACACACUAAAACAGACUUCUAUUUUGGGUUGAACUAAACCAUCUCAUGCUGAAAUGAAUUGCUAGAACUCCCGAUGCACAGAUGUGAUUUUUAAUCCUCUCUGGUCCCUCUCUCCUSCUUCCCCUACAAAGACAGCUGCAAGGGUUCUCUGCAGACAGCUGRCAGCAAACAGAGCAAUAACCCAAAUUCAGUUUUGUCCCUGUCAUUUGUUAGGCGCUUUUUGAUGGAGAAGGGUGGUGGGGGGAUGACGCUAACAGACAGGUAUGUGGGGAUGUCCAUGUGCUCUGACUGCAACACAGGAGAGAUAAACAGAAGAUAGGUGGACACUGCUCAGUCACGUGAGAAACAUUCGCAAUUUGACCCCAAAAAAAUGCCAAAACACCACCCACCUGCUGUUUUUAAUACAGAUGACAACAGAAAUAACCAUACUAGGAAAGGGAUCACCUUAGAAACUAUUUAGAAACUUAGAAAAACAGUGUAUCUAAAUACGAUUUCAAAGGCAAAGUGCUAUCAAAAAUCAAAUGUUAGAAAUGAGAUGACAGUUUAGGCACCAAAAAGAUACCAAUUACACAACCCUGUGCUUUUACAAUCCUUACUGAAAUUACUCAAUAAAUUUAGUGCAACACUGGCAAAAAGAAA